AUGACCAAUCGACAAGCUCAAUUAAAACCAUUCGGUCCAUUCGAAUCAUUCUCUGCAUCCGUUCCAUGGGCAAUUUUUCCCCGCAAGAAAUUGGACGUAACGUUUCGAGAUAUUGGUGUGGGGUUAAGUGCUUGUUUACAAUUAAGAGAACUCGAACGCUUGGAAUAUGAAGAGAAGAUUACACAAUUAUGGGAUCCCAGUGGUUGUAAUACAAUGAUCACGCUCUCGAUCCGAACGGGCUUUGAUCUGCUCUUGCAGACACUUAAGCUUCCAAGAGGUAGUGAGGUACUUUGCAGUGCUAUUACUAUUUCCGACAUGAUGUACGUACUGCGAUACCAUGGUCUGGUACCUGUACCUGUGGAUGUAAACCCGAAAACGUUAGCCGUGGAUGUUGAAGUACUUAAGGACGCGGUAACCGAUAAAACACAAGCGAUACUGAUUGCUCAUAUUUUUGGCUCUCGAUUCCCGUUGGAUGAAGUGCUUGAAGUCGCGCGCAAUCACGAUCUGUUGGUUGUAGAGGACUGUGCGCAAGCGUUUGUAGGAAUUCCAGACAAGGAUGAAAACCGAGCUGACGUGUCCAUGUUCAGUUUUGGCACGAUUAAAACGGCGACGUCGUUUGGAGGUGCCAUCAUUCAUGUAAAGAAUCCUGCUGUGCUAGAUGAAAUGCGUCGUCGUGAGAGGAGAUAUCCAUGCCAGACAAACGUAUUCUUUUUCAAGAAACUGGUGAAAUACGGUGUGCUGCACGGCAUGUCAACCCCUGCUUUAUGCGGAUUAUUUAUCCACGCUUGCCGCGCAGUUGGCGCAAACCAUGAUACACUCAUUACGUCGGCAAUUCGUGGCUUCAGUGGUGGAGAAUUAGUAUCUCUUAUCCAGUAUCGACCGUCUAUGGCUUUGCUCGGGCUAAUGCAUCACCGUCUAACCUGCAUGGAUGAGCAGUAUGUUUUCUUGAGAAAAUCGAAAAGCGAGCAAGUAGCUAACGCCAUUAAAGAUCUUCCGAAUGUCUUUAUUCCGGGCUAUCAUGCUGAUAAGCACUAUUAUUGGUUGCUUCCUGUUUGCGUUCCGUCCCCGAGAGAUGUCGUCUGCUACAUGAACAAACAUGGGUUUGACGUCACUUCCGGUGCUACGCAGCUGACUUACGUACCAAGCUCUCGUGGACGCGAUUAUGAUCCUGUACACGCCAAGAAUAUCAUGACAAGCUUGGUGUACCUGCCAGUCACACCUGAAACUCCAGAAUGGGCAAUCGAGAAAAUGACGUGCUGUUUUCGUGACGCUCUUUUACAGUUUUCAUGUAGACUUUAA